AUGACGGAUUCCCACCCAUACAUGACCCAACGCGGCGCCCAAGGCAUGGCCGUGAGCAUCAUUUUCACCGGCCUGGCAACAUCCUUCGUCCUCGCACGUCUCUACACCCGAAUCUGGAUAAUGAAACGCAUGGAAGCGAACGACUGGAUGAUAUUAGUUGCUUUGGUCAAUUCCUUUGUCUUCAUGGCCCUCUUCAUCCUCGAAUCCCUAAACGGCAUGGGCAUGCACAUCGCUCACAUCCCACCGCCCAUCCUAAUAGCCCAAAUGAAAGCCUUCUGGGCCACAAUCCCCUUCUACAACGCCGCCGUGCUCACCGCAAAAGCCACCAUCCUAAUGCAAUAUCACCGCGUAUUCCCGACGCGCCGCAUGCGACACAUCUCCUGGACCAUGAUCGCGCUGCUCGCCACAUAUGGGACGUGGUGCGUGCUGAGCGCGUUUCUGAAUUGUAUUCCCGUGGCGAAGUUCUGGGACCCGAGUAUUGAGGGGUACUGUUUGAGUCAGAAGGGGCUGUGGUUUUCGAAUGCGGCGAUGCAUAUUGCUACUGAUCUGGCGAUACUGGUGAUUCCGGCUCCUGCGUUGGUCGCAUUGGAGUUGCCCAGGAGGCAGAAGGUGGCGCUUAUUGCGAUUUUUGCGCUGGGUGGAUUCGUCUGCGUAACAAGCAUCUGCCGCCUCGUCGCACUCAAGAUAAUCGCCGACUCCUCAGACCCAACCUACGACAACGUCGCCGCGGCCUCCUGGUCCGCCGUCGAAUGCAACGUCGGUAUCAUCUGCGCCUGUCUCCCGACUCUUCGGCCGCUGGUCUCUCGCAUGAUGCCUCGUCUGCUCUCGACGCUCAGCGGCACUGAUACUGCUCGGAUGUCCCGUGGACAGGCCCCGACACACGAUACGGAGUAUGGAGAUGCGGCUGCUGAGGCGGAGAAGGUGCUUGCGAUGGUCCGGGGGAAUAUGCCCGACAAUGGAAACGGGGCUGAUCUCGAGAAGUACAUGUCGGUGCAGGAUCAUAAGGAGGCUCGUGUGAAGACGGAGGCGAGUAUGGGGUCUUUGUCGUCUUCUUCGUCUUCCCGAAGAAAGUAA